AACUUGUUUCGUAGAAAGAGUCACUAACAGGAAAAAAUUUUUCUUUAAUGGAAUAAUUCCGUUUAUCCUGCUCAAUUAUGGCGUUAUUUCUCACUUAAAUCGAUCCAUUCUGAUAAAAUACUUAUUGGACUUACAGGAGACAAUCAAGACAGAUGUUAGUCGAUAGUUCUGGUCAAAAUACUUGGUUUUUAUGAAGCUAUUUAUGGCGAUGGCGAAGAGUUAAUUUUUUGUCUACGAGUGCGUUUAUUUCUAACCCAAACAAACCUGAAAAACUUCACAAAACAAGGAAAAAGAUCAUCGCAAUGGCGUCAUUUGAAGAAUAUUCAUCACAAAAGUCAAAACAAGAUGUCAUUUCAAGCCUACCCAAACAUCCCAUUAAGAGAUUUGAACCUGCUUUGGACAAGUUUAUCAAUAUUGCUUUACCAACAGACUUAACAAGAUUGCACAGGCACCAAUUAAACAUGGAAAAGUUUUAUCAAACAGGAUCAUGGCAAGAAUUGAAUGCAGAACAAAUCAAUGCAGCAAGAACAGUCCAGCAACUCAAGGUGAACAUUCGUGAACUGGAAAACAUCAGACGGCAGUUGCAAGCAUCAGACAUUCAACUCUUUGAUAACCGGGUAGCAGAAAUCAAAGAUGAGGCAUUACAGGGUGUCAGGGCAUUUAGAGAGGUGCAGAGACUUUAUUCAGAGAGACCCAGGAGGACAGGAUAUGUACAAGGAAUACAAGAUKGUGAAACCACUCAACAUUUACCAUCCCUGGAGACAAACUAUCAACAGCAACAGAUGCUCUUAGAAGAAGAAACUUCAGCUUCAUGGGAUGUCCUUCAAGAGAGCCUUGAAGACCUCAACACUCUUAUUCAUGACUUUUCUGAAAUAGUUCAUGACCAACAGUCAAAUUUAGAUUCCAUUACUGACAACAUUGAAAAUGCUCAUGUCAACGUUCAACAGGGCACAACUGAAUUGGGAAAGGCCAGAAAGCUGCAAGCAGCCAUGUUACCUGUGAUUGGUGCACUGAUUGGUGGUGUUGCUGGAGGCCCCAUUGGACUUGUAUUUGGUCUAAAAAUCGGAGCAGCUGCAGCUGUGGGUGGAGGAAUUGCUGGAUUUGCAGGGGGAGAAAUAUUGAAAAAGAAAGGGGAGAAAAAUGUGGACACUGAGCUGCAAAAUCUUAGCUCCAAAAAAGAAACAAGUAUUGUCAAGAAACACUUGUAGUUAAUAGCUUGGGAUAAAUAAAUUAUGAUAGAUUGACAACCCUCCCUCAGGGGCAGUUAAUGGAGAAAAUGGAAAGAAUGGUAAUCAAAACAAUGACAAACUCCACAAAUCACAAGUGCAAGCCGAAUGUAAUAUUGAAUAUGACUGUGCAUGAGGGUUGCCUGUGAAGAAGCUCUCAGUAGCAUCCUUAGAAGCUACAAAGAAACAAGAUGGUUGAAACUUUUAAUAAAUAGCUUGUAAGCACUCAUUAAAUUAUUCACCCGUUCCUAAAUUCUUAGGGAGAAAUGAAGACUGAUGGAAAUGACCUUUGUUGAUCUGUUAGACCCACAAAAUGAAAUUUAAAUUAUAUUUGAAUGAAAACAAGAGAAAACUACAGUGGUCCCACUUGGCCUGUGAAAUAGAUAUUGGGCAGCAGAUAAUGAUAAAAAWUUUUAAUUCAUUUGCAUGAAAAUUAAUUUCCCAUUUCUGACCCUGUGUCUUUCAAACUCUUGAAAAUAAGAUUCUUUGUUUGAGUUUUA